AGGCACAAGUGGAAUACUGGUCACAAUGAGUCCUCUAAGACUUUGUCUGGCAGUUACAUGUGCACUGAAUAUUUGGACUACAGAAUACACUGCAGGCUGUGGCGAUCACCAAGCUAAGGUUAAUGGACAUUGCUGUGACCUGUGUCCCCCAGGUAAAUACAUGAAGGAAUUCUGCUCACAGCACCAGCCAACUGUCUGUAGCCCCUGUCAGGAUGGCUACUACUCGAACCAGUAUAACAUUUUUGACAGGUGUGAGAAAUGUCAGUCAUGUCAACAAGAAUAUGCUGGAAAAUGUACAACGACCACAAAUACAAACUGUUCAUGCCACUCUGGUUUCUUGUGCACGAACAAUGUCUGCUCAAAGUGUGUGAAAAACAAAUGCACCACAGGCGAGAGACUGAUGAUGACAGCCAAUUCCUCGGGUAAAGGGUUGAUAGAGUAUUCAUAUCAGUGUGAGCCCCUGUGCCUUGAUAACGCAUAUUUUGACAUCAAAGAGGGCGUCUGCAAGCCACGAACACAGUGCAGUAUAUUGGGUCUUGCUGAGCGGUUUCCAGGGAACAAAACCCACAACUCAGUCUGUGAUGGAGGGAGGCAUGGAAAUGGAGACUUCGUCCAUGUGAUCCUUGGCAUCGGCUUUGUUUUGCUGUCUCUCACCCUCCUUGUGCUUCUGUCUUACGCUUGUAUAAAAAAAUUAAUGAAGCACAGAUCAUAUGAUAAUCGCAUUGAUAUUGCAUCGGUCUGCACCAACGCCAGUGACUUUCACCUGUCAAAGGAGGAGAGUGGACACCAACUCAUCAUCCAGGAUGAGUCCAAGAACAGCAACAGUUUGGACGAACUACACCUGGAAAAAGUCAGCACUUCUUGAUAACAUGUCUAAGAUAGGGUUUGAGAUGCGGUAAUGUGAGUGAAAGGUCCCUGGUCUGAUCUGCAGCAGAACAGAUUUAGACAUUUUACUGUUGAGGUGCCCUUAAGCAAGGCACCUAACCCACAUCUGCCCCAGUAGAGCUACUCAGCUCUAAUUAGAUUAGUUGUCCACUCUGAGUAAUUAUGAGGGUGGAGAUAGUAAUAAGUAGAAAUUGUGAAUAGUAAAGUGACUAUAAAGAUUAUUUUGUAAAUUUUCAGAAGAAUAAAUAAAUGUUUAUAAUAAAAGAUUUCAAACUCUC